AUUGUGACAUUUAAUUACUUUAGACAAACUGACAUUUAAGUGCAAGUUACAAAAACAAUACAUUCAAACCCGAUCACUGUGAAAAAUGUUUUCUUUUGUUUAAUGUAUAAUCUUAAACUAACGGAACAAUGGUUCACUAUAGAAUCAUGGGAAAUUAUCCUCGCUUUUAAAUUAUUAUAUCGUCACCUUGUAAAAUAAUAAAUGUGAAUUAUAGUAAAUGCAAAUACAUGCAUAGUUACCUUUAAAUUAAAGAAAAGAAUAGAUGGUUUAUAUGUUAAGGUUUAUUUUUAAUAUCAGCUUCGGAACUUUGCGGUUUUUUAAUGAUUUUUAUACGGGUAUUAUAUAUAAUAACUGGAAUAACUAGUUUGGUGAAAUAGCAGAAACAAGUUCAUGGUUCAUAAUGGUCGGUUCAUGAAAUUUUGAUCAAAGAAUAAAAAUGGGGGAGUUAAUUCGACGACUCGAUUAUCAGCGAAGGACGAAGAAAUCACUUUCAGUUGACACUGGUAGCGGACAGCGAAUAAACAAAGAGCACAGCCCCCAAGUUCGCGCCGCUAAUGAGAUGGCAGUUCGGAAAAAGGAUUUGUAUGUUAAGAGUAUGGAAAAACAUAAGAAACUUUUUCUUGACAGAUUUAACUAUGACAGGAAGGUCAUUUGUCGCUUUAAAACGGAUUUGGAUGCUAAAUCUGCAGAUUUCAAUGAAUGCAAGUUUCAGCAACUACGCGUUCAGUCGUCUAAAGGCCGUCUCCAGGGCAACCAAGAGGCGGACAUAGGCCCUGUUACUGAAAUUGUUCCCAGACAAUAUUAUAGGGAUGAGGGGAAAAGUUCUGUUAAGUUUAAGUUCAAUAUGGACAGUGAUGAAAUUGAUAGUGAUUCUGAAGAGUCAGAAGACGAAGCCUUUCUAGAUAAAAGUAAAACGCUUGAACAACAGAAACAUUUCAUAAAGACUCUAAACUCGUGGACAAACAUUACGAAGAAACCACCUUCUGGAGUUCUUAGGCGGAGAAAAAUGUCACUUGCAAAUUUUGAAAGUCACCGUUUUAUUCCCGCCCGCGACGUCCGUAGAAAGUCAGCACCGCCUAAAGUAAUGGCGGCAUUACAGCCAAGAGAUGUAAGAAGUGCACCAGUAGGUUCACGGAGAAGUUCUCGUUCAAGUCUCGGAUCAGCAUCAUCAAACGAGAACAUUGAAGAAGACAAAGAGAUGGACAAAAGUGGGAGAUCAUUCAGGUUAUUACGUGAAGCAUUUAAAAAGAAAAAGAUUGAAACACCUAACCCUCAACAAGACAAACUGAAUGUAAUACGGGCAGAUCACAGGCAAAAAUCUGCUGAUUUACUAGAAAAAACUAUGGAGAAGUUUGACAAACUGUUUUCGGAUCAAGUGUUCUUGGUGUAUUGAAUAGAAUAACGUUUAGCAGAAGUAUGCUUCAUAAGAUAUUAAAUGUCAGAAAUUUUACAUCAUUAUGUAAAAAAUCAUUUUGAUUAUGGAAUCAAAUUCUAUUUAGAAUGUAGGAUUUUAUUUCCAUGGAAUGAUGUGUAUUCUUUCUAAAAUUUUCACCAUCUGCUUAACAUCCCUUUAAACGUUGAUAAACUACCUCAAAUGCGUCCAUAUUUAGUAACAUUAUGAAUAUGCUCUUUUAAACUUCGAUAUAUUUUGUUUCCAUUUCAUAAGAUACACUUUUAUGAGUUGAUUCACUUUUAUGUCUUUUGUUAAUUUCAUCAUUUGUUUUAAAUAUAUGUAAUGCAUAUGCCGUACACGGAGUACCUUUUUUUAUCUUGAACGUACCAUUUUAUAAUACUAACGUUUAUUUAAGGUAGAACGCGACACUUUCCGAACUUUCGAGUAGCGCCUUGAAAAUUGGCAUGCAAAUAGUUGACCAUAUUUCUGAUUAGGUUCCGUUGAUUUUAUUUCAAUAGUUUCAGCCAAUUUUUGUACACACGGCGUCAAAGUUGACCAUCAGAGCCCGUUUUUGAACAUGACGUCUUUGCGUAUCCUUGGCAACUGUUACGGUUAUUUCAACGCCAUUGGCGGACAAAAUAUCUUAAAUUCUACAGCAUUUGACGGAAAUUAUUUUUCCUUUUAGCUGAUAUAAAAUUUAUCGUUUUACGCCGAAAAAUGUUUGAAAAAUGGAAAGAAAAUUGUUAAUUUUGUGUUAAAUUUGACGUUCAGUUUAGCCGCAUUUUCGGCUUUAAAGUGGCUGAUUAAAAAAUUCCUGAAGUAAAUUUUUGAUUUGUUUCUUUAAACGUACUUUAAAAUGUAUACUCAGUCUAAAUGACUAAACAAAAUAGAGGGUCACCGACUCAGUUUUUUCGGUACACGUGAUUUUAUUUCCCCCACCCCUAUGGAUAAAAGUCACGCUAUCACAGGGCGUUUAUUUUUAUGUCAUUAAAACAAUCGCCCUGUGUCAAAAUCCCGCUAUAAACGAAAUUAUACGCCAUUAUGACCACUGCGGAAAAUAUAUGGAUACAAUAAAGGGUACGGAAUUCCGAAUAUUAUAUAUAGACAGGCAAAAAUAAAUUUGAACAGGACCGUAUAUCAUGCAAUACGUAUAUGACUAAUAUACCAUGGUCCGUACACUCGUAAUAUAUGGGAACUUUGUCCGUCUUUACUAAAAUACGUAUUGUUUUUUUUACUAACAAGGUCAGAUAUUACCAAAAUAUUUUAUUUUUUUUAUUCUUGUAAAUAUACAUUUUGUAUAUAAAACAGAGAAUAAGGAUGUACUUCAGAAGGACCCUCUUUCUACAAGAGGAAAGAAAUAAUAGUCUGAUCUGACAUCUGUCCCCAUAACAUUUUCAAUAAGUAUUUUUUUGGUCAAUUCUGUAAGUUCCACCAGUUCGUUUUCAUUGCUCAUCUUUUAGAAUUUACGUAGAUUAAACAUAUAUCUUGAAAUGUACUAGUAUACAAUACUUUUAAUUUUCAAUUUGGAAGGUCAAAUUUUGGGAUGAACAUGGGAGAAUACGUAUGAUCGACUGAUUUCCACAUUCC